AUGGUGCAAGGGGACGAGGCGAAAAACCGGAGGAACUUCUUCCAAACCAUUUUCGAGCAGCACGCCGUUAGGAAAAGAAAAAAGGCAAAGAUCAAUCUAAGAAUAUUAUACGGAUCGGAGGGGUCCAACAGCUACAAAAAGGCCAAGGGCUUUCUAAACGAAUUAAUACCAUUUUUCAAAGACAUAGAAAAUAUAUGUAACGAAAUAAACAGUAUAGUAACGGAGGAAGGAGGGAGUCACCACCUUCUCAACGGAAGGACAAACGAACUGGGUCAUGGGGAUGACAGAUUGGUGAGCUAUUUUAAGGAGUAUUCAAAAUUGUUACAAAGGAGGAAUGAGCAAAAUGUAAAGAGGGGCAAAAAGGACUCCCUCCAUGAAGAGGGGGUAAAUACUGCAUAUGAGCCUUUACAGCAAUUUCAAGAGAAGGAAAAAAAAGGAAGCGAUAAAUUUGCAAACUACCUGGACUGCUGCUUAAGCAGCAAUGUUUGUACAGUCAGCUUCGAUUUUGUGAGUGGCAACGAGUUUAACGAUUAUACGUUCUUCGAACGCACCAGUGAAUAUGAUUUAAAUGUGCUGCUGCUAUUUGUGAGUACAGCUAGCCAUGGUUCUUUCCCCCAAAACUGCUACAAAUUUGAACAACUGUUGGAAGAUUUAUUUAACGAUUUUCGAGUGGAAAAGGAUUUUUUGAAAAAUGUUUUUUAUACCUGCAUAGGGUUCGGGAACAAACAGUACGGAAGCACUCACUUCUGCUCACCUGUUAAGAAGUGCGACAAGUAUCUCUCCUACUUGGGUGCCCAAAAAUUAUUUAAGACGCUAAAAUUUUGUGAUGAGGAAAACAACGAAGAAGUGUUUCUUCUGUGGAAAUGCAGUUUGUUUAAAACCAUCAGUUUGGGUCUCCUUUUCUAUUGCUUUAAUUUUCCCCAAUUAUGCUCCUUUGUACCCUAUGCAGACAGGAAGAUUUACAGCUCCCUGCAGCACUACUGCUUCUUUUUUUGCGCAAAGGGGGACAGCCGAAAGGGGAUAGAUGCCGACAUCGGGGUGAGCAGCAAAACUGACUCGGCACCGAUCGAGGUGCCACAGGAGGGGGGGAAUCACACCCAUGGGGUGAUUCAGAAGGGGGAAAGUCCGCAAGCGGGAGACCCCCACAAUGGCGACGAAUGGGAAGAGGCUCCCACCGACGCGAAAAACGGCGAAGUUGAAAUGGUAGAAAAGGGCGCACUUACCUAUGGGGUAAAAAAAGGGGAAGAUGCGAACAGAAGCGCUUCUCUCUGCAGCAGCGGGGACGAAUUGGAGGACCUCAUCCCGGAUAAGCCAAAAGAUAUGCUCACAUGUAACCAAAGAAAUAAGCUCACGAAGGAAGGAUACAAAAUCAUCGGUUCCCACAGUGCGGUGAAGUUAUGCAGAUGGACCAAGUCUCAUUUAAGAGGCCGAGGAGGAUGCUACAAGCAUACCUUUUAUGGGAUUAAUUCUUACCAAUGUAUGGAAGCUACCCCAAGUUUAGCAUGCGCAAAUAAAUGCGUUUUCUGUUGGAGGCAUCACAAAAACCCAGUGGGGACUCACUGGAAAUGGAAUAAAGACGACGCGGAGAUGAUUGUACAUGAGGCACUUAAAAAACAUAAAAGUAUGAUCAAAGAAUUGAAAGGAGCACAUGGAGUUGUUAAAGAAAGAUUUGAUGAAGCAUCCCACGUUAGACAUUGUGCCUUGUCUCUAGUGGGGGAACCAAUAAUGUACCCAGAUAUUAACAAACUGAUUGAUGAGCUGCAUAGUAAAAAUGUCUCAACCUUUCUAGUAACAAAUGCGCAGUUCCCAAAUGAGUUGCAAAAAUUACACAAAGUGACGCAACUUUACCUUUCCAUUGAUGCCCCUAGUGAAGAAGCUUUGAAGAACAUAGACAGGCCAUUAUUUAAAGAUUUCUGGGACCGAUACGUACGGUGCAUUAAAAUUUUAAAAAAGAGAAAAGAAAGAACCGUAUUUAGAUUUACCCUAGUUAAGGAAUACAAUAUGAUGUCAGAAGAAAUUUUAAGUUACACCAAAUUGAUAGAAUAUGGCUACCCAGAUUUUAUAGAAAUUAAAGCGGUGACUUAUUGUGGUUCCUCUGAUGGUUAUCAGCUCACUAUGAAAAAUAUCCCAUGGCAUGAAGAAGUGUACCAGUUUGCCUACAACUUAGUGCACUCUAAUGGGUAUCUAUCCGACUCGUAUGAAAUUGCCUGUGAGCAUAGACACUCUUGCAGCAUUUUAAUAGCAAAAAAGAAGUUCAAAAUUAAUGAUAAAUGGCACACUUGGAUUGAUUACGAUAUGUUUCAGUGGUUGGUCAGGCAGAAUAAAGAUUUUACCGCUGUUGACUACUGUGCGGAGACUCCCGCCUGGGCUGUCAUGGGUGCAGAGGAGCGGGGCUUCAACCCGUGCGAUGAGAGGGUCUACACGAAGGGGAAGAACAAAAAUAAGCCGCCCCUUGCAGAGAGCGCCUCACGGUGAAGAAGUGGCAUUUGUACGCCUUUAACUGGGGAGCUACCCAAUACCUCUCCUCUCCAUGGAAGCACCUCCCCCCAAGUGGAGCAUUUCUCCCUUUUUGACGUCGUUCCACCUGAAGACGUAUGUGUACACCGGGCCUAGCAGCUUCUGUUGGGGAUAAUUUGAACUGCUAACCCCGGGUUAGCACCCUUCGCGCUGAUCAUUUGGGAUGCUUGACCUAUUUGUGCGCCCAGCUGGUCCCCUUUUUUUUUUUUAUUUAUGCCCUGAUUUGUUUCCUUAUGUUCCCAUUUUUUGUAGAGUGACCAAUAUAUGCAUUGCAUGGGUGCGCCUUUUAUUUUGCGGCUCCUCGAUUUGUUAAGCGGCUCAUUUGGUAAAGGUUCGCCACACGAGGGGGCACCGCACAUACCUGGGGGCAGCGCAACUCCCUUUUCUGAGUAAACUCUCCAGUGCUAAGAAGCCAGGGAACACGCCUAUCUUUUCGAAAUUGGGGCGAAUGCGUUUAUGCUGAGG